CUUCGCCACUGAAAACUCUAUUCUGCUGCUGGAUUUCAACGUGAGUGGUUGUUUUAGUUUGCGAAAACAUCUUUUCCGCAUUAGUUUUCCGCUUGUGCAAAAGUUUUCCAGUGCUGUUUUGUUUCUUCACUUUUGUGUGACUUGAGAAGUUCAAGAGUGGAGCGAAUCAUUCGAGAGUCACCCAAAAUGUGGAUUAAAGUGACAUUCUUCCUCUCCACCCUCACGCUGAUUGUGGGCCUCCCGAUGAGGAAUAAACCCCUACCGAUCACGCAAGAGAGCAUCGACGGCCUCAAGUACCUGCUGAAGCUGCGGCAGAUGCAUCUGCAGGAGCAACUCCAGCAACCGCAGGAGUUCCUCUUCAGCUACCACAUCCCCACGCAGGAGGAGCUCAAUGUCCCUGUGGAUCCGGAAGCCGCUGCCCUGCAGCAGAUGCUGCCACCAGUGCAGUCCAACGAGCCCAAUUACUACGCCAUGAAGCCGCGCAAGGGGAAGAAGUACCAGCCCAGCCAGAAGCAGAUUCACAUCCGAAAUCCCACCCUCAGUCCCAUCGUCGUGGAGGAGGAUGACUCCCUGAGGCAGGACUACCCCUUCGAGGAUGUGAAUUACGAUCUGGGUGAGCAAUUCUACCUGCCCGAGGCGCGGAAUCAGGACGCAGUUGUGGUGGAAUCGGCAGACUAUGCACAGCCGAAGGAGCUGAACACGGGCGAGACGUACAGUGCCAUCCGGAGGAAGACGGAGCCGCAGGAGCGCGCGGAGGAUCGCGUGGAGUUCCAGAUGCACGGACACGCCGGACCAAAGAGCUACAAAUUCGGCUACGACACGGGUAAAGGCAAAAACCGCCAGUUCAGAUUCGAGGAGGUCGACAACGAGGGAAAACUGAAGGGCCACUAUGGGUACAUUGACAAGAGGGGUAAAAUGCACGUCAUCAAGUACACCUCGAGUCCCGAGGAAGGAUUUAAGGCGGAGAAGGCCAGCUAGUAACAC